CAGCCGGGGGAAGAGCAGCCGAGGGAGCAGAGACCGUGAGAGAGCCGGCGGGCAGAAACGAGCCGGAGCCGGACGGAACCACGAUGUAUUUGCAGCUCUGUCCUGACACCUUGCGGCCUCUGCUGGCCGGCCUGUUGCUGCUGCUCUGCGUCCCGGGAGCACACGCGGCAAAAUGCCCACGGCAGUGCAUGUGCGACCAGAUCCAGCUCACGGUGGCCUGCGUCAACAAGAACCUGACCCAAGUUCCUCCCACUGUUGACGAGAUCACAGUGAAGCUGGACCUGCGGGGUAAUGACAUCCAGGAGUUGCCCACCGGGGCGUUCAAACACACCCCCUACCUGACCCACCUGUCCCUGCAGCGCUGCAACACCCGCACGGUGAAGGAGGGAGCUUUCCGCAGCCUGGGACGCCUCGUCUUCCUCAACCUGGCCAACAACAACAUUGAGAUUCUCUAUCAGGAGUCGUUUGACGGCCUUUCCUCGCUCAAGCAGCUCAUGAUCGACCGAAACCGCGUGGAGGAGAUCCAGCCCGGAGCUUUCUCUCAGCUCGGCUUCCUCAACCUGCUCUCCCUCACACACAACCAGCUGGUCUACAUCCCCAACAUGGCCUUCCAGGGUUUGCAGAACAUCAAGUGGCUUCGUCUCAGUCACAACUCUCUGAACUACCUGGACACCGAGGCGUUCGCCGGUCUGUUCACCCUCACCCGGCUCAGCCUGGACCACAACGAGCUGCAGUUCUUCCCCACUGAGACCAUGACCAGACUGCCAGAGGUGACCCGCCUGGAUCUGAGCUACAAUCCCAUGACCUACCUGGGGGAGGAGGCGGUGUCCAUGGCCAAGCUCACCCACCUCUUCCUGGACCACAUGUCCCUGCAGGACCUGGCCAACACAGCCAUAUCCAAAUCCCCCAGCCUGACCCACCUGGACCUCAGCCACAACCAGCUCCGCGUCCUGCAGCCUUUCUCCGCAGGCUCGCCCAAGCUGGCACGCCUCAACUUGGCCGGCAACCCCAUCUACUGCAACUGCUACCUGCGGCCCCUGAGGGAGUGGGCGAUCCGCAGUAAGGUGAAGCUGCUCGGGGCGUGUGGCGGGCCGGCCCACUUCUCCGGGGAGAAUCUGGACUCCAUCCACCCUCCAGAGCUGCGCUGUCAGAGCCAGGAGGCCAUGCUGAAGGCCGAGUUCGAGGAGGCCGCCAGGAUCACGCCGCCGCCCACCGAAGAGCCAGAGAACAAGGUCAAGUGUCCCGCAAACUGCGCCUGCGAGGGCGACACACACCACUCCUCCUGUGAGAACCGCGGUCACACCAAAGUGCCGCGCGGUUUCUCUCCCGACACGCGGCUCCUCGACCUGCGAGGGAACCACUUCCACUACAUCCCGGCCAACAGCUUCCCCGGCGUGGCCCAGGUCGUGUCCCUGCACCUGCAGCGCUGCAAGAUCGUGGAGGUGGAGGGCGGGGCCUUCAGCGGCAUGAAGGGAUUAAUCUACCUGUACCUGUCCGAGAACGAGCUCUCCUCCCUCAGCCCUGACGCCUUUAAAGGUCUCCCUCAGCUGACGUACCUCCACCUGGAGAAGAACCGCUUCACCAGCUUCCCUAAAGGAGCCUUCAAGCUGCUGCCCGGCCUGCUGGCGCUUCACCUGGAGAACAACGGCAUCACCAAGCUGGAGGCGGGCACCCUGCUGGGGGCCGAGAGGCUCAGGGGCCUCUACGUCAGUGGAAACGCCAUCAGUCAGGUGUCGCCCCGGGCCAUGGAUCAGGCCAACGAUCUGGACACGCUCCACCUGGGAGGGAAUAAGCUGAAGGAGGUUCCCACCGAGGCCCUGAGCAAGGCGCCGAACCUCGGGGAGCUGAGGCUGUCUGGGAAUCCCAUUCGCUGGAUCGGGCCGAACGCUUUCCAGCCUUUAACCAGGUCACUGAAGGACCUGUACCUGGACAAAAUGGGACUGGAGAAGAUGUCCCGGGACUCCCUGGUGGGUCUGGGUCCGAGGCUUAGGAGUCUUUAUCUGGAGGGGAACCAGCUGGAGGAGGUGCCUGACCUCCACCCUCUGACCACCCUGGAGGUCAUCAACCUGGCCGACAACCCUCUGCUGUGUGACUGCCCCCUGCUGCCGCUACGCAUGUGGAUUGAGAAAGUCAACCUGAAGGUGCGUGCCACCUGUGCCAACCCCCCUGAGCUGAAGGGUCGCAGGGUCAAGGACGUCCACAUCUUCAAGGCCUGUCCCGGCGGGGAGAGCCUCCCCUCCUCGCCAACCAUCACCACCACAAAACUCUCCAAGGCGCCCAAGUCCACCAAACCCAAACCGGCGCACCUCAACUACCCGCGGCAGGUCAAAAUGCUCAAAGCCAGAUCCAAACUCCGCAAGGGUCCGAACCCAACGCCCGCGGCAGCCAGGAAACCCACCCGGCGCAGGGUGGCUUGAGACUAUGGCCACGGAGGACCUCAGGCUUCUGGACUGAUGCUGAGGUCUGCGGAGUCGAGCUUGAUUUAGGCCAAACACAAACUGACACCUGCUGAAAAUGAAUGAAGUCAAACCAUGGAUUGAACUCUUCCGCUUCUGAAACUCCACUGUGACGCCUGCCACCCAGGGAUGUUCCAGCUGCUGAGGCGGUGUUGUACUUGGUGUCUCUCCUGUCAGUUUUUCAAACACUUUUUUUUAGCCCAUUCUGUACACUUUUUCCUUUUUGUUGCUUAAUCAACACAAGCUGAGGUGGCCAGAAAAAGUAUUUUACCCAGGGAACGAGCAUGUGUGCUCUUUUUCAGCACUUCCCUGCUUCUCUGUUCAUGAAACACACAUCAAGCUGUCUAAUUCAACCACAUUGUUGGACGUUGUUUAAGUGGCAGACUGAAGGUCUUUAGGUCAGCGUUGGUAAAUGUUAGUUCAAUUUGGUGCAACAGAAAGCAAGAGUUGUUUAAAAUACUCUUCAGUCUAACAAAGCUGUCCCGUGUCAGUCUAUUUGUAUUAAAAAACAACAAUGUAUGUCUUCAUGCUAGUUUUUCUAAACCACUACACUCAAAUUGUACUGAAUUCACUGAAUUUCAAUUCCCAAAUAUCAAUUGUGAAAAUAAUCAGCAUAUUAGGUUCAGUGUUUUAAUCAGUGAUUGUACAUUUACAAAGCAAAAAAUCUGGAUAUAAACAGGGAAUAAUAAAACAUAUUACAACACA